AUAGACACGAGGAAGUUUCCUCUUCGGUGCCGACAACAGCGUGGGAAUAACCCACACACACACGCACACAGACUUCUCAUGAUGCAAACGAACACUCCGAAAUGUAGCGUGUCACUCCGCAAUGCUGGUUUUUGUUCUAACUUCGCCUCCUAUUCUAAUGGACAACAUCGUGGCGGCGUCCCGUCGCAAUGAACGAUGGUGGUGCGGGACCUGAUCCGGCAGACUUCAAGAUGAGGGCUUCCGUGUCGCCCAGAAAGAUCUCCCUCGUCCUGUUGUGUGUCGUCGUUUUCCUGCUGCCUGAGAACGGAAUCGCUGAGGUGGUCCUCCAUCUGCAGUCCCUCAGCUGUUCAAAUUCAGAUAUGAAUUGUUCAAUAUUUGUGGGACCGGCUGAUGUCUGCAUUCAUGGCUGGACCCCCUCGAAUCCCAUAUUGGAGUCGAUUGAGACCGCUUUACUGGAUGUGGGCCAGGAGGGGCCUAUCGCUGUCCUCAACAUCACAUGGAGGUUUCUUACAGAGGGCAGCAUCAAGUACCUGAACGGCACCGAAGUGUGCGUGAGAGAAGAUGGCGUCAAAGGCGUGCCCGUGUGUGUGCGGUACCAGUACCACACACAGUUUACCAGCCAAACUAAAGGCCGCACCCUGCAGCGAUGGCAGUACAGCUUCACUGGGUUUGAAGUGGAACAAAACAAGACCUAUGAGAUCAACAUCAAAAACCUUCCAAGGCAUUGUGACCGAGACACAAAUCCACGAAAGACGUACCUAGCCCCAGGCUGCAAAGAAACACCGAUGAAGAUGACCUUUUACUGCAUUCACACGGGCAAGAGCUGGGAGCCAGAAAUCUCCGCUACUAUGAGCGACGCUUUCCUGCACAUCGCUUUCACGGCAAGCAACCACUCGCGAAACUACACGCUGCGGCUACAGGGCCAUGGUGUAAAUAUACAUCGACAAAUUACGCAAGACAUAGCGGAGCGGAUUGAGAUGAACAUUACGGCUUUCAAGAAGCCACUUGAGUAUGCAGAGUACACAAUUACGCUGAAGCCAUACUUUGCACUCUGCGGUGAUGCAUGUGACGAGCUUGUCAAAACCUUUUCAUUCUAUCCACCUACACCAAGUCCGCCCCCGCCUUUACAGGUGAAGUCGCCGAUCAUCGCAAUACUUGUGAUUUUGAUUUUCCUCAUGGUCUUCCUCGCCAUGGCCUUGGCUUAUUACAAGAAGGGUGGAACAAGAUGCAACACACCGGAAGUUAAGUACUUCCCACCGAGGAGCCCCAGGAAAGUUCUGAUCGUCUACUCCCAGGACCACGCGCUUUUCCGAGACGUCGUUCACCAAUUUGCAAAUUUUCUGCAGAGAAACUGCAACGUUGAAGUGGUCCUUGACCUCUGGCAAGUGAACAAUAUCGCAGAGGUCAGCUACUUGCCGUGGCUGUCCAAGUAUAUCGAUGACCCGGACGUGGCCAUCAUCAUAGUGUGCUCCAAGGGAGCCCAGGCCAAGUGGCAAGCAAUGUGCUGCCCGUCUGCGAAAGUCAAACUCAAGGAGGACUCAAAAUCGCCCCUGGGAGACACGUUCACCCCGGCGAUGAGCCUAAUCGCCAGCGACUUCCAACGGGGCUCGUACGGAAAAUACUUGGUGGUUUACUUUGACGAUGGCAGCAGCAGCAAGGACAUUCCCCUUCCGUUGCACGUGGCUGUUAAAUACAAACUCAUGAAGCACUCGGAAGAGCUCUUCUUUCGGAUUCAUAACAUGGAGCAGCACACGCCGGGCACCAACUACAGCGUCCCUAGCGUCUCCGGAGAUUAUUACCACACGGACCGACGCGGCCAGGAACUGAAGGCGGCACUGGACAAGUUCAGGCAGUGGAAAGCAGAGCACCCACACUGGUUCGAAGAAGAGACCAGCGGUAAUCAUCACGACGCUCCAGGAGAAGACUGUGAAGACGCAGGUGAUGACGGUGCUGAAGGCAAUGGGUUGCUGGAAACGAGGCUGCUGUAUGUGAAACCAGAUUGUACGUCUGCAAGCUACAGAAAUGUCAAUCUACAGCCCAGCGUUACAGAGGCCGUCAAUAUGCACACCGUUCCAGUGGGAAAUGUUUGCCUCACUGCAGAGUGCAGCAUUCAGCCACCAGUAAUGUUGGAAACCAUGAAUGAUGAUGCACAGGGACAAAACAACAGCUUGCAGUUUGUACCAAGUUGCGGCUGCGAUGUUUCGGACCCACUUCUUAUGGUUCACGCCGCUACGUUUAACGAGGGUUCUGCCGCAAUGUGGAAUCCUGUUCACCAGUCGUUUCAGAGACCGGACAUAUCCAAUGGAUUACUGCCAGAAGCCCAGUUCGUGCAGUUUCCAGAUAGGGUGUUCCACCAGGAUCUAGUAUACCCAGAGAUGUAUCACGUUCACGCGGACGUCAAUUUUCCGCCACAACUUGAAGAUCAAUGCUUGUCCAUGUUUGGUGAUGGACACGUGGGGUUACACGACGAUCUAAGUAGCUCACACGGUUGUUCAGGUGGUGAUGGUCUUAGGGAUGACGAUGCCCCAUUAUCAGAAGACGCAAUGAAGCACCUCAUGCAAGUGAUGCUCCAAAGACAGUAGAAAUAACUGGACUUUACUGGGUUGCAUUUCCCUUAAGUUACCAGAAAAGGUAAACUAUUUAAUGACACUUUUACAUUUAUAAGCCUUUUCCGAUUUAGAAACGAAUACUCAUGCAAGAUGAUUUACACCGGAUAAUUAUUUUUGCAACCGGUUGGAAAUGAUGCUGAUGAUCUUUGUCAAAGGAACCCGUUUUUAUAUCCAAAUGCCCUUAAGAAUGUUGAGGUACAUGGACUGGUCACAUCUCUUUCGAUCUACACUGUGUAUAACUUUGUGCACAGUUAUCCAUUAUUAUUUGAUUUUAGUACCAUAACUCUAGAAACACUACAAAACAAUGUUGCUGAACAUGAUCACUUUAAGCCUUGUACUGUUGAGGGUAAACUGCUGCAAUAAACUCUAUAAUGAAAAUUG